AUGAAGCUUGUGCUAUCUACUUCGAAUAUUGUCAGCGGUGGGCCGUCAGUUGUCCGUCGCAUAUCAUCCGCUAAAUCGAAUGUCGAACUCUUAAAUUCCCUCCGAUUUAAUUUCGUCGCCGCUCAGCAGAUUGAACCCUCCCAUGCCAACGACGAUUGCCUGGACACCCAUUCGCCUCCUCGAAAGCUCUGGUAUAGCAAUUAUACUACAUGGACCUCCCAGGUUGACGACACCCUUUAUGUCCCGGCGAUUGAUUUUUCAACGUCUGGACUGACGGAGGAUCGCUCGCAGUAUGACAUCACAGUCAAACUGUUCUAUUUGCCUGGCAUUCCCGCGUCGAGGAGGUGCGAACACACAUACUCCGCCAUUGACCUAGUACUCAAAGAACUUCAUGUCGACUCGAUAGAUCUUCUUAUCGUUUCAUUUCCUGGAAUAUCUUUUGACGCGGACGAUGAAGAGGAGGAAGAAGAAGCAGCCAACGGCGAUACAGAAUCGGAAUUCAACAAUAUGGUGCAGACGUGGCGGACAUUGGAAUCGCUGCACGAACGAGGGAUGAUCGCGCAACUUGGUCUGGCGGAAUUUGACAAGGAUCGACUGGAAAAAUUCCUUCCGCAUACCAAAGUGCGGCCCUCCGUGGACCAGAUCAAUGUUAAGGACUGCUGCGUUGUGCCAAAGGAUUUAAUACUGCACAACGAGAGACUUGUUAUGCCGCGGAGCGAAUGGGGCCGGUAUCCUGGCCGCCACCGCCGAUGCUAA